AACCCUGUCUGUGUAUGCUCCGCCAUGUUUGUUUUUAUUUUCGUUUAAAAAUGUCACUUUUUAAACUUCAUUUUUUAAUAAUUUAACUCAAAAUUAUGUAUUUUUCAGAGAAAAAAAUUUUAGACAAAAAAAAUCUUUUCUCAUUUUAUAGUAAUAAGGAAACUACCAAUUCACAUUUUUCCAUAUUAGGUCACGUGGGAGGUUCUCACAUACCCUUUGUGUUUGUUACAUUCUUAUAAAAAAUAUACCUUAUUUACAUUUAUAACUCGUCUGUUAGAUUAAUAAAAAUGAAUAGACAAAUAAAGGCUGUUUUAAUAGAUCUUAGUGGCACUUUACAUAUUGACAAUUUAGCAAUUUCAGGAGCACAAGAAGCAUUGAGCAGACUUCGAAAUACAGACACGAAAAUUAAGUUCGUCACAAACACAACAAAAGAGUCAAAAAAUGUUUUGUAUAAUCGAUUAAAAAAUCUUGGAUUUGACAUAAAGAAGGAAGAAAUUUUUAGUUCAUUAGCUGCGGCGAGACAAAUAAUAAUUAAUCGUUCUUUAAAUCCAUGUCUCUUAAUUGAUUCAGCAGCGAUGGAAGAUUUUGAUGAUUUGAUAAAAUCAUCAGAAAAACAAGAUUCCGUUGUAAUUGGUUUAGCACCUGAGAAAUUUAAUUACGACGAUUUGAACAAUGCUUUCAGAUUAAUCUUGAAUGGAGCGUCUCUUAUAGCCAUUCAUGAGGGUCGUUAUUACAAGAGACCUGAUGGUCUUUCAUUAGGACCCGGUGCAUUUGUAAAAGGUUUAGAAUACGCUACAAAUAUCAAAGCCGAAGUAAUAGGAAAACCGACUGCAGAAUUUUUUAGAGCUGCACUACAAGAUAUUUUACCGGAAGAAGCCAUUAUGAUUGGCGAUGAUGUAAAAGAUGAUAUUGCUGGAGCGCAAUCUGUGGGAAUAAAAGGAAUUUUAGUACAAACAGGUAAAUAUAGACCUGGUGAUGAAAAUACUAUAACACCACCACCGACAAAAGUUUGUAAAUCCUUUGUCGAAGCCGUGGAUGUAAUCCUGAAAAAUUUAUAAUUCAUUCUUAAGAAAAAAUCGAACAGACGCAGUCGAUAGAAAAAUCCGAGUCUUUUAAAAAGUAUUUCAUUUAAAAAAGUGGGAUGUAAUAUUUGCAUUACAUUUUUCAAUUGUACAUAAUAUUAAUAUUUCAUUAAAUAAAAAAUUUUUUAAUAAAAAA